AUGUAUGGUUGCUGCCUCCCAUCGCUGGCCUCAGUUCUCUUCGGUGAGGACCUUAGCAUUUAUGCAACCUUCCUAUCCACACUCUGCGGUGUACAGUUUGGCGAUGAAUGUGGUGGUCGGUUCACCGGGGAUGAUUCGACUGACCCUCCACCUACAAAUGCCAUGUGCACUAGCCUCCGCAAUGCAAUUCCGGCAGCCUGUCAAAUUUUCUCAAAUGUCCUUUACAUAUAUUUGUCUGCGUCCAGUGAUCCUGAUGGGUUCCAAACAAACUUCUGCAAGUCAGAUUGUGCUGAACCAGUCUACAACUACAUCAACGACUGCGUUAACAAGACAGAUGCUCUUUAUUUGGACUUUUUGUGCUCCACAACGCCGGCCGAGACCAACUGUGUGCAUAUUCUGAACGAUACAGCGUUGGUUAUGGCUUUCGAUGGUGUCUGUAAAGAUGCCUCUAAUAGACAGUGCUCACAAGGAUGCAAGAGUGCUUUGGAGGGUUUUAACAAAGCCUACGAUUGCUGCCUCUUCACUUAUUCUGCUCUGGACACAAAUGUCAGUUACACGAAUGGUCUGUGGGCUCAGUGCGGAGCUGAUAACCCCGGACUAUGUACUGGAGGCAUCACUAAUACAGCUGUAGAUGCCCCAAAAGGUGAAGUUGAGAGUUCAGCCCUCGCCACUGCCUUGGGCUCCACUUUGUUUCUUAUUCUCGGCCUCACCGCUGCUGUAACUGUUUAA